CUUGUCUUCCUAUGCUUGAGAGCCCGUAACUGGACUUCAAAAUGUCUAUUCCAACCAUGCACGCCUGGAGAAAGCACAAAGGAAACCCUGUCCCGGGUUGGGAGGAAAUCCCUGUGCCAUCCGCACCCCCUGCAGGAUUCCUAGUAAAGCUCCUCGCAUCUGGAGUCUGCCACAGCGACCAAGACCUGCUAGACAUCGAAGACCGUCCCCGGUUCAACAAUGUCUACACUCUUGGCCACGAAGGGUGCGGCGAAAUCGUCCAAAUCGGGGCAGACGUGAGAGACGACCGAUUUAAAAUUGGAACACGCAUCGCCCUCCUCGCCGUCCCAGGCUGCGGCCUGCAAUCCUGCCCCGAGUGCUCGCGCGAUCUCGCCCAGUUAUGCCCCAGCGGGCAGCACCACGGAAUCGGCCAGGACGGGUUCUACGCUGAAUACGUGGCUAUUGAUGCGCGGGGCGCUGUUAUUCUGCCUGAUGGUGUGCCCCCCGAAGUCGGUGCAAUCGCCACCGACGCCGUAACGACCGCGUACCACGGGAUCGUGCGCCGUGCAGAGGUCCGGCCGCACGAGACGGUUUUCCUAUUCGGUCUUGGUGGGUUAGGGUUUAAUGCGUUGCAGAUUGUGCUUAGGCAUAUAAAGGCGCGGGUUCUUGUUUCGGAUGUCCGAGGUGAGAAACUCGAGGCGGCGAGAGAGCUGGGUGUUCCUGAGGAGGAUAUCGUGCCGAUACAUAUCCAACAGCAGGGGAGGAUUGCGGAAUGGAUAACCGGGCGUGGAGUGAGCGUUGAUACGGUGCUGGAGUUUGUGGGGAAGAAACAGACGUUUGCGGAUGCGCAGAAGGUUGUUAGGGCUGGUGGGAAGGUGUUGUGUAUUGGCACCGGGGAGAGGGUGAAUGCGCUUGACAUGAAGAAUGGGAUUAGGAAGAGAUUGAGCUUCAUUUUCAGUUACGGGGGACAGUAUAGGGAUCUUGAGGAGGUUCUGGCGUUGAUUAAGGAAGGGGUGUUGAGGCCCAGGGUUCGACGGGGAGUGCUUGGAGACUUUCCACAGUACUUGAAGGAGUUGGGAGAAGGGGGAAUUGAGGAUCGGGUUGCAUUGAUUCCAUAGUUCUAUUAAUGUAGAUAGGUCAAGUUUUAUUCCAAGUUAUGCGUUUACACUUGCGCUCUUGGGCAU